GGGAGGGGGAGCCGCCGCGGCGGCUGAUGACAACAAAGUCUCCUCUGGGUCGUCGCUGUGGUGAUCAAUAGCCCCUGCUCCGGGGGCUGUUCGUCUUCUGUUUUCCCAGCCCUCGGGUCUCCGCCUCUGCUUCUCUCUUUCUCUUGUUGGUAGCCGCGGCGGUUGUCGGGCGCCCGGGGCGAAAGGCCUUUAUUUAGUCUCCGCUGGACCCGGGCCUAGAGCGGCUGGCGAGAAGCGCGCCGCGUCCGGGGCCAUGGGGACGCCGGCCAACCCUUGAGCUAGGGGAGCCCCGGGAAGGGGACGGGCGGGAGAGGAAGGAAGAAAGGGACCACCACCUCGGUGCCCUAUCUAACCUGCUCACCGCUUGCGCCGUUUUGGAGCCGGAAAGCUGUUGAGCCCCCAAGGUAGUAGCUGCCAGCAGCCAGCCCCGGAGCCAUUAUGCCUUGGCCCUUUUCGGAGUCCAUCAAGAAAAGGGCCUGCAGAUACCUGCUGCAGAGGUACCUGGGCCACUUCCUUCAGGAGAAAUUGAGCCUAGAACAGCUCAGCCUGGAUCUCUACCAAGGGACUGGAUCCCUUUGGCAGGUCCCCUUGGACAAAUGGAGUCUAAAUGAAAUUCUAGAAUCAGCAGAUGCACCUCUGGAAGUUACAGAAGGAUUUAUUCAGUCAAUUUCUCUCUCUGUUCCUUGGGGCUCAUUGUUACAAGAUAAUUGUGCACUAGAAGUGAAAGGAUUAGAGCUGGUGUUCAGGCCCAGGCCUCGAUUAGCAACUGGUUCUGAGCCUAUGUAUUGGUCAAGUUUCAUGACUAGCAGCAUGCAAUUGGCAAAAGAAUGCCUUAGCCAUAAAUUAACAGAUGAACAAGGGGAUGGAUCACAGCCUUUUGAAGGACUUGAAAAAUUUGCUGAAACCAUUGAAACAGUUCUAAGAAGAGUGAAAGUCACUUUCCUGGAUACGGUUUUGAGGAUUGAGCAUAUACCCGAAAAUUCAAAAACUGGGACUGCACUUGAAAUUCGAAUUGAAAGAACUAUGUAUUGUGAUGAAACUGCUGAUGAAUGCUCUGGAAUCAAUGUACAUCAGCCUACAGCUUUUGCUCACAAGCUACUUCAGCUUUCUGGAGUUUCUGUGUUUUGGGAUGAAUUUUCUGCAUCAGCAAAAUCUUCUCCAGGGUCUUCAACUGCACAAGUGGAGACUGAACCAAAACUUUCACCUAGCUGGAAUCCAAAAAUUGUUUAUGAACCACACCCACAACUCACUAGAAAUUUACCAGAAGUAGCACCCUCUGCCCCUGUUCAGAUUGGGAGGAUGAUUGGUAGAAUGGAGCUGAGCCUCACAUUAAAGCAAAACGAAGUACUUCCUGGAGCCAAGUUGGAUGUUGAUGGGCAUGUAGACUCAGUACACCUAUUCCUCUCUCCAAGGCAAGUUCAUUUGAUUUUGGACCUUUUGGCUGCUAUAGCAGGACCAGAGAAUUCUGGUAAAAUAGUGCUACCCCCCAAAGAUAGGAAAAAUCGACCAAUGCAGCAGGAAGAUGAAUAUCGGAUUCAGUUAGAAUUGAAUCGAUGUUUACGAAGAGACUCUCUUUCAGUGGGUGCAUCAUCUGAGCAGAGUUUUUAUGAAACAGAGUCUGCUAGAACACCUUCUAGCCGGGAAGAAGAAGUUUUCUUCUCCAUGGCUGAUAUGGAUAUGUCCCAUAGUCUCUCAUCUCUUCCUCCUCUUGGAGAUCCCCCAAAUAUGGAUCUUGAUCUCUCCUUAACUAGUACAUUCACAAAUACUCCAGCAGGAUCUCCAUUGAGUGCCACUGUGCUUCAGCCAACUUGGGGUGACUUUCUUGAUCAGCAUAAAGAGGAACAACCACUCAAAGGACCUCCGUUUUCAUCUAACUUAAUUCACCAAACUUCUUUACGAAGAACUUCUCUUCCUUCCAGAUCUGUUUCACUGGAUGAAUCCAGGCCUGAACUUAUUUUUAGAUUAGCUGUGGGAACUUUUUCAGCUUCUGUACUUCACAUCGAUCCUUUAUCACCACCUGAAACUUCUCUGAACCUUAAUCCAUUGACUUCAAUGGCAUUGUAUUUCUUUACUUGCAUAGAAAAGAUUGAUCCAGGGAAAUUUCUGGCACAUGAUUUUACAUCCUUCAGAGAAGUAUUUGCAGAGGCUUGCUCCCAUGAUCAUCUUAGAUUUAUUGGUAUGGGUGUCAAAAUAUCCUAUGAACAAAGACAAAGAUCGGCUUCUCAGUAUUUUAGUACUGAUAUGUCAGUUGCGCAAAUGGAGCUUUUGGAAUGCUUGUUUCCUACUGAUUCUCAUACUGUUUCUACACAUUACACAGAGCUUUUAAGGUUUCAUUCCAAAAAAGGAAGUGAUUUACACCCUCCUACAUGUCUUCAGCUUCAUUAUAAACAUUCUGAUAAUAGAGGACCCCAGGGCAGUCAAGCACGACUUAGUUCAGUUCCUCAGAAAGCAGAAUUACAUAUCAAAUUAAAUCCAGUGUUUUGUGAACUGGAUAUCAGUAUCGUAGAUAGGUUAAAUUCCUUGCUUCAACCACAGAAACUUACCACAGUGGAGAUGAUGGCUUCUCAUAUGUAUACGUCUUAUAACAAGCACAUAAGUCUGCACAAAGCCUUCACAGAAGUUUUUCUGGAUGAUUCACAUACGCCUCCAAAUUGUCAGAUAUCAGUACAAGUCACUACACCAGCAUUAAGCCUUGCUGUUCGCUUCCCAAUACCUGAUCUUCGAUCAGAUCAGGAAAGAGGACCUUGGUUUAAGAAGUCCCUUCAAAAGGAAAUCCUUCAUUUAGAAUUCACCAAUUUGGAAUUUAAGACAGAAUUCAUAGGAGGAUCAUCUCCAGAGCAAAUUAAAUUGGAACUUACUUUUAGAGAGCUAUUUGGUGCAUUCCAAGAAGAUAAAGGAGAACCAUUAGUUAAGUUUUUCCAAGUGUCUAGUGGAAUAGAUGGAGAUGUAACAUCAUCAGAUGACUUUGAUUGGCCACGGAUUGUGCUGAAAAUAAACCCAUUAGCUAUGCAUUCCAUUUUGGAGAGAAUAGCAGCAGAGGAAGAAGAAGAGAGUGAUGGUCACUUUCAGGAGGAAGAGGAAGGAGGAGCUCAUUCUCUGAAAGAUGUUUGUGAUUUAAGAAGACCAGAGCCAUCUCCUUUUUCUUCUCGUAGAGUAAUGUUUGAAAAUGAACAGAUGGUGAUGCCAGGUGAUUCUGUGGAGAUGACCGAGUUUCAAGACAAAGCAGUCAGCAACUCACAUUAUGUUUUGGAACUUACAUUACCAAAUAUUUACUUAACAUUGCCAAAUAAAAAUUUUUAUGAGAAGCUCUAUAAUAGGAUCAGUAAUGACUUGCUACUCUGGGAACCAACAGCUCCUUCACCUGUGGAAACACUGGAAAAUAUUUCAUAUGGUAUUGGGCUAUCAGUAGCCAGUCAACUGAUUAAUACCUUCAACAAAGAUAGUUUUAGUCAGUUUAAAUCUACAGUUCACUACGACGAUGAGAGUGGAUCUGAGGAGGAGACUUUGCAGUAUUUUUCUACAGUUGAUCCAAACUAUCGAUCUCGUAGGAAGAAAAACCUUGAAUCUCAGAACAAGAAUUCUCAGAGUUUUCUCUCUGUUCUUCUGAACAUCAAUCAUGGAUUAGUAGCUGUAUUCACAGAUAUCAAGCAAGAUGACAGAGAGGUAUUAGAAAAUAAGCAUGGUGAAUUCUGGUUAGAGUUUAAUAGUGCUUCAUUAUUCUUCGUGACAAAAUAUGAAGGUUUUGAAGAUAAACACUACAUUUGUCUUCAUUCCAGCAACUUCAGUUUAUAUCACCAAGGCAUGGUAGAUGGAGUGAUCCUUCCUUCUGAAAUACGACUUCCCACUACAACUCGCCCACAUUGGUUGGAACCCAUAAUUUAUUCAUCUGAAGAAGAUGGUCUUUGUAGAACUUCAGAUGGUGUUGGAGGAGACUGUUUAAGUAUGUUAUCUGUUGCUGUUAAAAUCCAGUCUGAUAAAUCAGAGACGAAUACAAAGGAGUUUCUCAUUGCUGUGGGACUCAAAGGAGCUACUCUUCAGCACAAAGUACUUCCUUCUGGACUUAGCUGGCAUGAACAGAUUUUAUAUUUCAUGAAUAUUUCUGAUGAACCUGUUUUGGGAUAUAAUCCUCCAGCUUCCUUUACCACAUUUCAUGUUCAUCUCUGGAGUUGUGCUCUUGACUAUAGGCCUCUUUAUUUGCCAACAAGAUCUCUUCUUACUGUGGAAACAUUUAGUAUUUCCAGUAGUGUUUCUUUGGAUAAAUCAGCAUCUACUCUCAGAAUUAUCUUGGAUGAGGCUGCUUUACAUUUGUCUGAUAAAUGUAAUACUGUGGCUAUAAACUUGAAUAGAGAUUAUGUCCGUGUAAUGGAUAUGGGCCUUUUGGAAUUAACUAUCACAGCAGUAAAGUCUGAUUCUGAUGGAGAGCAAACUCAACCUCGCUUUGAGCUGCACUGUUCCAGUGAUAUUAUUCACAUCAGAACGUGCUCUGAUUCUUGUGCUGCCCUCAUGAAUCUUAUACAGUAUAUUGCAAGUUAUGGUGAUUUACAUGCACCCAACAAAACAGAAGUUAAGCCUGCAACUGUCCAAAGGAAAGCAAAGGUGGAUACCACUAGCUGGCCAUCUUCACAAGGCCCAGUACUUCCUGAAGCUGAUCAACAAAUCUUGAGAGAUUUGAUGAGUGAUGCCAUGGAGGAAAUUGAUUCACAACAAGCUGCUUCUCCCAUAAAACCACAGUCAAAUGGUAUUUUGGAUGAAAGAUCACAAACUCAAGAGCCAUCGUCUUGCUCAGAUCUAUUUCUAUUCCCAGAUGAAAGUGGGAAUAUCUCACAAGAACCUAGUCCCAGCUAUGCCUCAUGCACUCAACACAUGAUUAAUGAUGCAAUAAUAGAUGUACCUUCAGAAAAUGAUGACUUUUGCAUUCUUUUUGCACCUAAAGUAGCUAUUCAUGAGAAGGAAGAAGAACCAGUAGUGAAAACAAUGGUUGACGAUGGUAUUGUAAUAAUAGAGAAUCAUUUUAGUUUGCCUAUUAAAAAAACGGAUACUAGCAAAGCACCAUUACACUUUCCUAUUCCUAUAAUACGAUAUGUUGUUAAGGAAGUCUCUCUUGUUUGGCAUCUUUAUGGAGGAAAGGAUUUUGGAAUGAUGCUUCCUACAUCUCCAGCUAAAAGUUAUGUUAGUCCACACAGUUCUCCUUCUCAUACACCCACAAGACAUGGACGUAGUACAGCAUGUGGAGGAAAAGGAAGGAAUUUUGACUUUUUAAUGGAAAUACAGUUGAGCAAGGUGAAGUUUCAGCAUGAAGUAUACCCACCAAGCAAACCAGAAUGCGAAUCCAGCCUCUUAGAAUAUCCAGUGUCACGCCAAGUGUUUAUUGUUCAGGACCUUGAGAUUCGUGAUCGCCUGGCUACAUCACAAAUGAACAAAUUUUUAUAUCUUUACUGUAGUAAGGAGAUGCCUAGGAAAGCCCAUUCUAACAUGUUAACAGUUAAAGCAUUACAUGUGCGUCCAGAAUCUGGAAAAGCACCACAGGAAUGUUGUUUAAGAGUAUCAUUAAUGCCACUUCGACUCAAUAUUGACCAGGAUGCUUUGUUUUUCCUGAAGGACUUUUUCACUAGUCUUUCUACAGAAGUGGAACUUCUAAUGACUCCAGAUCCAGAAGUUAAAAAAUCUCCUGGAGCUGAUGUUACCUGCAGUUUGCCAAAGCAUUUGAGUGCCUCAAAGGAGCCAAACUUAGUUGUUUCUUUUCCUGGGCCAAAGCAACAAUGCCAUAAUGGCAGUUCAAUGGAAGUAGUUAAUGGGGAGGAGGAGGAUUUACCUGAAGCAACACUAUUUACUGAUCAACCUGUGUUUUUUAGAGAAUUUAGAUUCACAUCAGAAGUUCCUAUUCGGCUUGAUUACCAUGGAAAGCAUGUAUCAAUGGAUCAGGGUACAUUAGCUGGAAUUCUGAUUGGUCUUGCUCAAUUAAAUUGUUCUGAAUUAAAGUUGAAGAGGCUUUUCUAUCGACAUGGUUUGCUAGGUAUAGACAAAUUAUUCUCUUACGCAAUUGCUGAAUGGCUUAAUGAUAUUAAGAAGAACCAGCUACCAGGAAUUCUGGGAGGUGUUGGGCCUAUACAUUCAUUAGUACAAUUAGUGCAAGGCCUGAAGGACUUGGUCUGGUUACCAAUAGAGCAGUACCGAAAGGAUGGCCGCAUUGUAAGAGGAUUUCAAAAAGGAGCAGCUUCAUUUGGUACUUCAACAGCAAUGGCUGCUUUAGAACUAACAAACAGAAUGGUUCAAACUAUACAGGCUGCAGCAGAGACUGCUUAUGACAUGGUAUCCCCUGCUACAAUUUCUAUUGACCCCAAAAAGAUGAAAAGACUUUCUCACCAUCGCUUAGCACAUCAGCCAGUAGAUUUGAGGGAAGGUGUGGCUAAAGCAUAUAGUGUCGUUAAGGAGGGUAUUGCAGAUACUGCUCAAACCAUCUAUGAAACCGCUGCUCGAGAGCAUGAGAACCGGGGUGUUACUGGAGCAGUAGGAGAAGUUUUACGACAGAUUCCACCAGCUGUAGUUAAACCUUUGAUUGUUGCAACAGAAGCUACAUCAAAUGUUUUAGGUGGAAUGAGAAACCAAAUUAGACCAGAUGUUCGACAAGAUGAAUCACAAAAGUGGCGCCAAGGAGAGGACUGAUACUUCCAACAUGACUCUUUUUGAAGAUAAUGAAAGUGGAAGUAAGGAACAUGACAUCCCAAUGGCAGUUUUAGAUGGAACUAAUUUAAAUUUACUGUGUUUAUCUCAGGAGAAGAAGCUUUUCUUAGUUAAGCAAUUUCAUAUCAAAACAACUUAUAGCCAAAAACUUCUAAGCAUUUUAGGAUAAGUUUGAUACUUGCCUAUGGCAAUGUCUCUUACUUAUGUGUGAUGGAUAGUUCCACAUGUCCUGGGUCAUGUGCUUGCUUUUAUUAAAACAAACUAGUUCUCUUAUGAUAGCUAAAGUAUUAUUAGAAGCAACCUGUUUAAAACACAUGGAAUUCAAGUGAUUUCUGAGUUAUUAAAGGUUAUCUGUCAGUUGUUGUUCUUUGAUAUCUAAAACUAAAAACAUCACAUGUUCAAAGCAUCUGUUUUGGUUGUGAGUAAUAGAAGUAAAUGGAAUUCUUAUUAGGAAUGUGUGGAAGACCGACAUUGUUGAAAAAGUGAAUUUAAUAUUUAUAUUUUUAAGAGUAAUCUGUGAAUAUGUUAUGAUAUAUAUGCAUAUUCCCCCAUCCCCUUGGUUCUGAGGGAUUUUUUUUUUGGUGGGGAUGGCCAUUUUCAGACAUGUUCUAUUGUGUUGCACUUUAAAUAAUUUAUUCUGCGAAAUGUAUAGAUAAGUACAAGGUCAUAUGCAUUAUUCUUUUGUGAGUUAGAAACUUGCAAAUAUUAUGAAGUGUGAUGAGAAUUUUGACAAAGAAUAAAUACAUUUAUUUAACUGUAAAUGAAAUUGUUUAUUUUGUGCCUGGCUGACUAGUACGCUAAAAAUUAUUUCUAUCUUCAUUUUUAAGCAGAAAGAGAUUUUGAACUUGGUAGGAAUAUGUACAGUGGGAGGAAAGGAAGGUUGUCAUUUUUUCUUCUUUUAAAUUAAACAGUAGUGACAUGCCCCCUCCAGCUAUUUCAAAGUAAAAAAUUUUAACAGACUAAGUAUACAUUUUAAUAGCUUGUCACAUUCAAAUAGGUUUAUUGAAAUGUGAAAUCAUUUUAUGUAUCCCUAUAUAAUAUACAUUCUUUAGAAUAUGUUCAGAGAAAUGAAAAUAUUUAUCCCAAGAUUCUUGGAAAACUGCCUCAAGACUGACUGGGUUAAUAUCAGAUAAAUCAUAAUCCAGCAAUAAAAUAGAAUUUGCUACCUAGAACAGUUUUUUUGGCUACACACAUCUAACAUAAGCAUAAACUAGUAAUUAUAUGUCUGUCUACCAUUUAAAUUUAUUAAAAUAAUUCAAGUUCUCUGUUAUUGGGAAUUUCAGAAUAUUACUUUUUAAGUCAUAGGCUGGAAAAUUCCAUUGAUUUUCCAAUUAAGAAACAUCAAUGUAAAAGAGUAGUCCACAUUACUUUAAGAAAUUUUAAAAAUGAAUUUUGAAUCUCUACUUGUUUUGUCUCUCUUUUUAGAAAUUUUAAAAGAGGAUAUGCUGGAAUUAGUCCAUCUAUUUGUGUACCACCAGAGCAGUUGACACCAAUUAACUACAUAAGGACAGAAUAAGUUUUGCCAAAUAAGACAUUAAUUAAGCAAUUUAGUUAUAGCAUUUUGUUAUUGUUAGGAUUUUUCAGGAGACCUCCAGAUAUGCUGCAUAUAAACUGCUUCCUCUUCCCCUGCCAAUUUGUCAUCCUUAUUAAAUGGAAUAUCAGAUCUAUAUCAAGUUAAGUGUUUUAUCAAUUCUGACCUAAAUAAAAGGUUGAAAGAGUGUGUUAGUGUGCAACUGAGACAUUUAGUUUCUAUUCUUUCAUUUUCUCUAGUCUUUCUCUGAUCAUACCAUGCAAUGCAUAGUUCAGAGAAAUAAAAAAUCCACCUGAAACAUGAACUCUUAAGUAGCUAACAAACAUCUUUUAAAAAUUGUCUACAUAAAAAUCUGCUUUAACAAGUACUCGGAUAAUCUCUUGUUGUAUAGAACACUAUUUGCACAUCUAGGCCAACAGUCUAAUAUAUCAGCAAAGGAGUGGAUAGAAUUUACAAGAUAGUUUAAAUGAAAUGUACCUUUGCUAUAGUGUGUAUAUGUAAAGCACCUGCAUUUGAAUAUUUGUAUAAUAUUAAGUAUCUUUAAAUAAAAAACAAUAUUGAUGAUGUUUUUUAAAUUUUCAGUAUUUUUUUUUGGGUAGAGUGCUUCUUGGCUUUAGGAGCUUCAGCUGAUAAAAUCUUAGAACAGAUCUUUUCACAAAGUGCUUUGUGAGGCAUUCAGAUCUUUUAAGUGCUUCAAGUAACAAGAAUUUAUUUUCAGACUUAGAAUGUUUCCUGCUUAAUUUAGCUAUGGUAAUUCACAAAGUAAUUACAUCUCAAUAUAUAGAUAAUAUAGAUAAAGUGCUUUAUAAACAUAUCUUUGUAAAUAUGGCAGGUUUAGUCCUAACAAUUUUUCAGACCCGAUGAAUUUUAGUGAGUACUCUUUACCUAAUCCACCUUCAGCAAUUUAUAGCUCCUUAAAAUACCAUCAAUAUGCCAUAUUGAAAAUUGUAAUUUUUUAAAGCGAAUAUUUCAUAUUGCACUUAAAUAUAAUUUUUUAAUGGGAAAAAGGAGAAAGGAAUGUUUACCUUCUUGGAUACUGUUGGUAUAGAGCUAACAAAUUAUCUCCUUUUUACAUUAAAUCCUGUUCCUAUUAUCUUCAUAAUUAUAAGCAUUUACAGAUGCAUUGAAUACUGAACCUGUGCUUUAUAUGUGAAAGUUAAAAAAAACCCAACUUUGCCUUUAGCUUUGGGUUAUCAAUUUAAUGAAAUGAUAUUUGAAGAUUUUUUUUAUGUCCCUUCAAACUUAUUUUUUAGAUAAUAAAAUUAGUAAAAUCUAGGGUUUUUUUUCUCCCCAGGCCUUAAAAUGUGGGUAGCAUUGGGUUAAACCUGGGCGGGGGGCAUUUUUUUGUUUGUUUUAAAAAAAUUAAAAAUUGAAACAUUUUUGAUUUCUCUAAAUUAAGAUUGAAAAUAGACUUCAUUUCUUGUGUUUUCUGAAUUUUAAUUCUUGUGUUGCAUUCACAUAUGUACAAUGUAUCUGCCCAACUCCUACUCCUAUGAGGGUUGAUUUUGUGCAGGUUCUUUGUCUCUUUCCCACUGCUGUUCUCUAUAUUUGGCCAUUAGAGUGUGUGCUCAUUAGUGCUUCUAUACAAGAAUGUGUAACAAUAAUAGCAAGAACAAAUUUAAUUUAAAUUCUUGAGUUUUAAAAAAUUUAUUCAACUUUUGGGAAUGGUUUUAUUAGGCAGAAGACUUUAAUGAUUUAAAUGAGGUUUGAAAUUGCUGUUAAAAAAUUGUUACCAUAGACAGUUGUCUUUAUAUGGUCAUAGAAGGCAGGAUGAGGUAUUGUACUCACUGUCGGGAGAUCUAAGUUGUAGUCCUGAUUCUGCAGCUACUUCCUUUUGUGGUCUUGGACAAGUCAUUUCCUGAUCAUAAAUUUUCUCAUUUAUAAAAUGAAGGGGUUUUGAACUAAGAUCAUUUUCAUGAUCCCUUACCAAAGCACUAACUGCAUACCCGUUUAAAAAUGCCUGCCACUUAGAAGAAACAUUUAUAAAUAUAUUCAGCAAUAUUAAUGUGUUUAUAGUGAUACACACACACACACACACACACACAAACACACACACACACACACAAAGUUGUAUGAUCUAGAGGACCUAGUUGGAAGUCAGCCUCUACACUUCAAAUUUAGCUCUGUGACAUGAAAUAAAAUGUCUCUAGAUUCCUCAGCUUCACUUUUUCUUAGUCAUGAAUUAUUUGGAUUGUCAAAGAACCUCUUCUGGGGUUGGCUGAGGCUAGUGAAGUUUUUAUUGGGGGUUUGGUGAGAAUUUUAUUCUCUAUUCUUCCCCUGUUCCCUUUCUUUAAUCAUUAAAGUUAAUUAAAUGAGGGGGAAUGUUCAUGAAGUUCUUUCAGUUCCUUGGAUGUAAGGUAUUGUGUAAACACAAGGUGGUCCAUUAUUAUUUAUAUGUAAUCAUGUAUAUAUAUAUAUAUGUGUAUAUAUGUUAUCUAAACAUGCUGUCAUCCAUUAAAAUGUGUUAAGCAUAUUAAAUGCAAGUGUAAGUUUAAUUUAUACUAUUUAGAAUGCUAUCAAGUGCUAUAUUUGUACAGUGUGUGUAAAUAAUGGUAUAAAAUUUAUAAAUGUCAUUAUUUGCCAUCUCUGGUUGUCUUGCAGUUUACUACAGGAUGCACAGCCCCUCUUAUUUAAUCCCAUUGGUUUUCAGGAUGACAGUAGCCAAUUCAACAAGCAUUUAUUAAUCAAAUACUAUGUAGAAGACAGUCAACAUAUUUUAACCAAGGUUGUAUUGUGUAGCUGAAAGUGACUCAACCUGCUUUGGCUUUAUUUAUAAGCAGCCUUUUUUUUUUGUCAGUGAAUCAAAGCUAGAAACAAGAUUUUAAUACAUAUUAAUGAUAAUGCAGUUAUUUAGCUUAAAAAGUUGAGUAUUUCAACUUCAUGCACAUAUAUAGACUGAUAAUUCUUUUUUUUAAUACCAUUUUUAGCAUUAGAAUUACAAUUAGACUUUUUUUUAAUCUUCUGAAAAAAAUAUCUAGUAUACAUUGAUCACCAGCACUCCAUGUUGAAAGGUCAGGAACUUAAGUGAUAUAUUUUAAUCCUCAGUGUACCAGAUUGAUUCAGAUUCCUAAAAAAACAGCUUUUUUUAGUACUUUGCUCUUUCAGAUGUAUUUUUGUAUAAAAGAAUAAUUUCUGAUAGAUGGUUACAUUGUUUAUAUAUUAUUUGUGAAAACUGCAGGUAAUAUAAUACCUACCUUUUCUAUGUUAAGAAACUGGAGAAUGUGGCCACAAAUUGCCUAGCAUUCAUAAUAAUGGAAACUCUAUACAAACAUUUUGAUUUGUUACAAAUGCAGAAGUUGAAUUAUCAUGAAUAAAAGAUUAUAAAGUUUACAAGUAUUUAUUGUCAAAUUGUCCUAAUAAACUUGUAAUUGUUUAUAUGAGUACUUUAAAAAAUGCUCAUGAUGUGUGAUCAGUUUGUGGAAAUGGAAUGUAAUGGUGUGAUUAAAGUAUUUUUUUUGGAACGAA